CUAUCCUUAUAAAAGGUUUGGGAAGUGAUUCCCUCAACUAGUAUGUUCAAAGGCUGAAAAUAAGAGAACUUUCAAGGAGUUCGAAGCAAUGGGAAUGCUUUUUCUUCUGUUUUUCACUCUCUUGCUUGCAAGAACAUCGUCAAUUAGAGUAGCUCAAGAAGUUGAUGGCCAACAUCUCAAAUAUCCAGCUUACACCUGCCUUUGUUUCAUAUGCAAGGAAGGCACUCACUUGAGAAUUCUGAGCCUCCCCUGUCCUUUUCCGAGGCACUUGCAUUGGACGAAGCUCGUGUUAAAUCUCUCAAUUCCAAGCUUAUAAAGAAUAACCAGACAGCAGCUCGAGAAUCAGGACAUUUAGUUGAUCCAGAAGCUGUUACAGUUCCUCUAAACCCCGGGGUGCCCAUUGGCGUUUUAAAUUACUACACGAAAGUGGGCUUGGGGACUCCACCAAGUUUCUAUCCCGUGGUUAUCGACACGGGUAGCUCCUUCUCCUGGAUCCAAUGCGAGCCCUGCGAGGUGUAUUGCCACCCACAGGUCGGAUCCCAUUUUGAUCCCUCGAGUUCUACAACGUACAAAUCCCUAUCAUGUGACACAAGCCAAUGUUCUUCCCUCAGAGAAGCAACUCUCAACAGUCCCCACUGUUCUUCUUCCAAUACAUGCAUGUACGUAACCAGCUAUGGUGAUAAAUCUUACUCUAAAGGGUACCUUGGUCAAGAUUCACUAAGCCUGACAGCGUCCUCGGAGCCAGCACUAGCUGAUUUUGUGUUCGGAUGUGGACAGGAUAACGAAGGCCUAUUCGGUCAAUCGGCAGGUCUGUUUGGCUUAGCACGAAACGAACUGUCAAUGUUUUCCCAAUUGUCCACCAAAUAUGGAAAGGCGUUCUCUUAUUGUCUCCCAACAACCGAUGGCCAAACUGGCAGUGGAGGGUUCCCAUCCAUUGGGACUACUACUUCGACGACUUAUAAGUUCACUCCAAUGUUGACAGAUUCUCGGUUUCCUGGCUUGUACUUUCUGAAGCUAUCAGCAAUCACAGUAUCUGGCAAGCCACUAAAUGUGCCAUCAUCGGAGUACAACGUGCCUACAUUCAUCGACUCAGGCAGAGUCAUAUCACGUCUGGCAGUGCCCAUAUACACAGCAUUGAGGGAGGAAAUGGUGCAGAUCAUAUCUUCCAAAUAUCAGAUGACAAGAGCCUAUUCCCCUUUUGAUGCCUGUUUUGAAGGAAGUUUGGAAUCCAUAUCAACAAUUGUGCCUCUGGUUCAGUUAAUUUUUCAAACAGGUGGUGAGCUUAAUCUUGCUCCCCGAAACAUGCUCACAAAAGUUUCAGAGGGCACUACUUGUUUGGCCUUCGCAAGUAAUUCCAAUAUGGCCAUUAUUGGGAAUCAUCAACAGCAAACCUUUGAUAUUCUUUAUGAUAUUUCCAAUUCAAGAAUUGGGUUUGCAGCCGGUGGCUGCAGCUAGUGGCACCACUCAAUCCCUUUACCAUGGCACUGCUGCUUAUAUGCAUAAAGGGCGCAUAAUUUGUGCUUAAAAUAAUGCUUUGAUUAUGGUUGAUGCAUAAAUGUAGAUAUUGAUGUAAUAAAAGCCAAUUUAAGGGUGAAAAUAGCUCCAUAUCAUAAUCUUCACGCGUUCCAAACCGAAGUAGAUAAAAACCUAAAGCAAACAACGUUUUACAAAUUAACAUUUAUUCAUCUAAUUUUCAAUUUCACUACCUAUAAUAAAACUCGUACUUUUUCCCAAGCAGGUACAAAUUAUUUGACAUUCACUUUGGCAACAAGGUUUUCGAGUGUUAUUAAAAAAAAAAAAAAAAAAAAA